AACAUAUCCAGACUACCCGGUAUAGGUGGAUGGGCUGUUUAACCGGUUGUGGACUGUUUACAGAUAUUACUAAAGUAAUUAAACAGAACUAGACGCACAUUUCUGCAGACAUGAGUUCUCAAGAAAAGCAGAAACAUGAAGAACCUCUAGCCAAAGAUCUAGACAACAAAGACAAUGGUCAAAGUUCCACUUCGAAUCCGGAUAAAACUGAAAGUAAUACCGAGCAGAAAAAUGAAGAUUUGGGAAGUGGCAACGGUAUUGCUCAAAGCACUGAUGCGCAACAUGAAAUUCCAGCCUCAAAUAAUGGAACGACACGAUCUGAACAAUGCAACACUCAAAACAACACAGAUCUGCUCGCAGAAGUCCAAAAGAUACACUUCCUGAUAUGUGAACAGAAGGGCAGCCAAACAGAUGACAGCAUUCUAUUAAUACAGGAAUCGCAAAGAGUAUUUUCGGAAAUGCUUGACAAGAUAGAAAAAAGUGUGGAAAUGCCAGCCCAAUUCACAGGGGAUACAGAGAAGAAACACAGAAAGAGUGAGAAAUCAGCCCAAAAAAAUAACGAAGCAGCUGCUAAAACGACAAGAAUUAAAACCUUACUUUGUUAUCUUGAUCAGAAGCGUGGAGAAAUGACAAAAUUGAGAGAAGAAGUAGAGAAGACACAGAGCGAAUUAAACAAAUUUGAACAAGUUCAUGCUGAGCGGACGUCCUGGUACAAAGGUCUACAGGAAGACAUUCAAAAGCAGCACCAACCAACAAUUGAUAUUCCAGAGGUCUUGUCUGAGGAAGAAAAGCGUGGAUUUAAAAUGUUCAAAACUGUUCUGGAAAAGAAAACUGAAAAAGUUGAAAAGCUGGAAAAGGAAAUGAAAGAGUUAGAUCAAACGCAAGAACAAAGAUUGAAAACAAAGGCAAAAGAAAUGGACAAGUUACGUGAAAGAGAAGCCGAAAAAGUUGAAAAGCUUAAAAAGGAAAAGAAAAGUUUAGAACAAAGGGGAGAACAAAAUUUGAAAAGUAUGGAGAAAGAAAUGGACAUGUUACGUCAAAGGCUGAGCAAGAUGGCUGGUGCGAAACUAACAGAAGGAAAUCCUAGCUUUACAGACCUCAAUGAUCCAAACAGACCAUUGAAACUCGCGGAACGAUAUACAGAGCUUAACGACAAUGAGUGGACAGACGCGUAUGAGAUACUGACAGGAGACAGGGGGAUCAAACGAAAAGAUGCUAUAAUUAUACUACGAGAUAUCGUGACGGAUUGUUAUAAUGAAUGUGUCCGACUUGCCGAGGAACAAUGGAGGUCCCUGGCAAGGAUUCUUACACAGACAAGAACGGAUACAGCAGAUGAAACUCUGAAAGAGAUUGGUUUUCGACAAACCGAAUUCAAGGAUUUGAAAAACCUCAGAAAGAUGGCAGCUACCAAAGCGUCAGAUAAAAUCACUGAAAAGGUGAAGGAAACUCUCCUCGAAAGAUUGGAAGACAAACAGAAGAUGCAGCAGCUGAACCUAUUCAUAGAAGCGGGUAUCCGUCUAACAUGGGAUAUGGCAGUUCAUGAUCCUCCUGUCUACAUGUAUUGGGACCUAAAACAAGGAGACCCUCCCAAUGAUAAGUUUAAAGUUUAUACAAAAAGUGGCAAUAAAGUUAGGUAUGUCGUCUGGCCUUCCCUCCUUCUACACAAAGACGGUCCACUUCUCGUAAAGGGUGUCUACCAACUCUUCACCUAGGAAACACACUGCUAUGUUGUGUGAAGAUAUAAAUUCUCAAAUCAAACAAGUAAACCAAAUGUUUUCGGAUCCAGACUUAAAACUAUAUCUUUGAAAAGUUAUAGUUAAAAUGUAGUUGAAUUUGGAAGAUUUACAUGCUAUUUUUAUCUGAAAACAAAAGAUAUCCGUCGCAAUAUCUAUAUGUUACAAAUUAUUUUUAAACAAAAUAAGAACAUUAUAUGUAUGAUAGAUAAAAAAACCUUUUGCUAUAUAUUUUGUUUUCAGCAUUGAUGAUUUAUUGAAUGUAUUGUUUUGUAAAAGCCGUCAGUCAGUAACGUCAAGCUAGGUAUGUUUAUUUUAUUAUUCCGUUUAUCAGUAAUAUACUUCUUGUAGCAAAUGUUAGUUCAACUAUGCAUGUAGUGUGUUGCCUUCGUAUUAAUUGUUUGAGGACAGCUCCAAGAAACCUUUCAUUCCAUGAUUUGACACGGGACAUCAGGACACGUUUAAUAUGAGGUACAGGAAACGUUUAAUAUGAGGUACAGGAAACGUUUACUUUUCUGAAUCAACAUGUUUUGCCGAGAUAUGUUGUCUAUUGGUAUCGACGCCAUUUUAUUUACCACGACAUUGCAAUAAAACUUGUGGAAUUACA